CAAAAUGUUAUAAAAUCAACCGGCAAAUGGUUCAAGAUAUUUUUUAUUUAGUUUUAUAUUAAAACAGCCUUAUAAACCAUGCUCAUAAGAAGAAUUAAGUGCCUGCGUUACCUGGGAACCCGCCACAACAGUUCGCACUAUGUGACAACGCCAAUUUUCUAUGUAAAUGCAGCCCCCCACAUUGGUCACCUCUACUCGGCGGUUAUAGCCGAUGCCCACUGUCGCUACCAGAGAUUAAGGAACCCGGAGAAGGAAGUACGGCUCUGUACGGGAACGGAUGAGCAUGGCACCAAGAUCCAACAGGCGGCGGCUCUUCACGGGAUUCCCGUGGCCAAGUAUUGCGAUGAUAUAUCGGAGCGAUAUCGGGAGGUGUUCCGUAGUGCCAGUAUCCAGCCGGAGGACUUUAUCCGAACCACGGAGGAGCGACACAAGCGGGCAGUGGCCCAUUUCUGGCGCACUCUUCACACACGAGGCCACAUCUAUUCGGCUGCCUACAGCGGUUGGUAUUGCGUGUCGGACGAAACCUUCCUCACCGACUCCCAGCUGAGAUUGGAUGAGUCCACCGGCAGCCGUUACUCCCUGGAAUCUGGGCAUCCCGUCGAGUGGACCGAGGAGACCAACUAUAUGUUCCGGCUGUCGCAAUUCCAAGACGAUGUGCGCCAUUGGGUGAAGCAGGAGGCUCGCAUCCGGCCGGCUAAGUUCGAAAAGAUUCUGCUAGACACUCUCAGCGAACCACUGCCGGAUGUAUCGGUAUCCCGUCCUUCCAACCGCGUUCACUGGGCCAUUCCGGUGCCGGAUGAUGAUACGCAGACGGUCUACGUCUGGCUGGAUGCUCUGGUCAACUAUCUCAGCUCUGUGGGAUAUCCCAAUGAGGGGUACUCCGCCCACUGGCCACCGGCGCAGCAGGUGAUCGGCAAGGACAUCCUCAAGUUCCACGGCAUCUACUGGCCCGCCUUUCUCCUGGCCGCCGGUCUGGAGCCUCCUGGGCAGCUCUACGUCCACUCGCACUGGACCGUCGACGGGCAGAAGAUGUCGAAGAGCAAGCACAACGUGGUGGAUCCCGUCCAGGCGGCCCGCCAGUACACGAUGGAGGGCCUGAGAUACUUUCUGCUGCGGGAGGGCGUGGCCCACAGCGAUGGCAACUACAGCCACGUGAAGGCGCAGCGCAUCCUCAACUCGGAACUGGCGGACACCCUGGGCAAUCUGCUAUCGCGUGCCUGCGCCAAGUCGCUGAAUCCCGGCCAAAUCUAUCCAUCAGCCAACGCCGAGCACUUGGCGGAUCUUCUCCAGAGCCUGGAUGCGGCCAAACGCCUGCAGGAUGCGCUUCUGCAGCUGUCAGAACGAUGCGCGUCGCAUUACGAGUGCAAUCACUUCCACUUGGUGGCCGACACAGCGAUGGCGGCUCUGCAUGCGGCCAACAACUUCUUCGAGAGCUCCAAGCCGUGGCUGCUGAAGGCGGGCGCACCGGAAGGCAACCAGCCCCGUUUGGAGACCAUAAUCGCCAUGACAAUGGACGCGUUGCGGCUCUGCGGCAUUGUGCUGCAGCCCAUAAUUCCCCAGCUGGCCACGCGGCUGCUCGAUAAGCUGAGCGUCCCGACCGCGCAACGUGGCUGGAAUUACUUGGCCGAGAGUUUUGCCACCGCGAGCCCCGCGAAUCUCGGCGGGAGCCGUCAAUUGGACGGGCCAACCAGUGCGCUGCUCUUCCAGCGGAUUCUCGAGGAAAAGUCUGUUAAGGAAAAGGAGGAGGAGCAGAAGCCGCAGCCAGCCAAGCGGAGCAAAUCGAAGAAGAAGGAGCGCCGCGAAACAAUGUCCUGAAGUGGCCGUAAUAAACUGAUUCCAAAGCCAAGCCACCGGCGACAUUUAUUCAUUGCGAGGGCUUAAUAACACUGGGCUACAAUAAAGGUUUUUUUCUGGCAAUGGACCUA